AUGCCCCAAGAAAUUGCAUCUUUAGUGGUGCCCAUAACAUGUUUGUUAAAUUGCCGAACUUGCCUGAGUUCGCACGGGAUUUUCGACCAACACGUUGCGCUCUUCGUCUUCGGUGAUUCGCUGUUCGAUCCUGGAAACAACAACUACAUCAACACCACUGCUGAUUUUCAGGCGAAUCAUUGGCCGUAUGGUCAAUCUUACUUCAAUCCUCCGACUGGGAGAUUCUCCGAUGGCCGUCUCAUCCCCGAUUUCAUCGCUGAGUAUGCAGGACUACCUCUCAUUCCGGCGUAUCUCGAACCGGGGAAUAAUGAAUUCACUCACGGAGCAAACUUUGCGUCUGGAGGAGCUGGUGCCUUGAUCGAAAGCCAUGCUGGAUUUGUAGUCGAUCUUCAAACACAGCUACGCUACUUUGGCAAUUUAGAAAACCAUUACAAGCAGAGUUUAGGUGAUACUAAAGCUCAACAGCUCCUAUCAAACGCUGUCUACUUGUUUAGCUGUGGAGCCAACGACUACCAAAAGCCUUUUGUCAAAGAUCACAGCAUCUUCCAUCCAUAUACCCAUGAACAAUACGUGGACAUGGUGAUCGGAAACUUGACUAACGUAAUCAAGGGAAUACACGAAAAAGGAGGCAGGAAAUAUGGAUUUGUCACUGCCCCACUUAUAGGCUGUUGGCCUGGAAUUAGGAUGAGACAACCUGGGAAUACGUGUAGUGUAGAAACUGAUGAUAUUACAAGAUUACACAAUCAACAACUUUCAAGAAAGCUAAAGAAUUUGGAGAAGGAAUUGGAAGGAUUUAUGUAUACAAAAUUCGACAUUUCCACCUCCAUUAACAACAGAAUGAAGAACCCAUCAAAAUAUGGUUUUAAGGAAGGAGAGAUUGCAUGUUGUGGUAGUGGUCCAUUUAGGGGGAUUUACAGUUGUGGAGGGAUAAGAGGGAUAAAAGAGUAUGAAGUAUGUGAAAAUUCCAGUGAUUAUUUGUUCUUUGACUCUUUUCAUCCCAAUGAAGUGGCAAGUCGACAAUUUGCAGAAAUAUUUUGGAAUGGGGAUUCCAAGAUCACAGAGCCUUAUAAUUUGAAAGCCUUCUUUGAAGGGAUCCCAAAUGAUGAGUUAUGAUUAGUUACAGUGACGUGGAAGCCAUGAAAGUUCUUGUAAGAAGGUUAAGUUAGUUGCACAGAUAUCAUGACAUAUUAUAAUGUGUUUAUAGUAUAUACUCUUUAAUCUUAUUUCUGCGUUUAUUUUGAAAUGAUAAUAUAGUAUAUUGUUUCUAACACCCCAAUUUUUAUAUAUAG